AUGGAGGUGCAAUUAGGUCUGGGGAGGGUCUACCCCCGGCCGCCGUCCAAGACCUACCGAGGAGCUUUCCAGAACCUGUUCCAGAGUGUACGCGAAGUGAUCCAGAACCCGGGUCCCCGGCACCCUGAGGCCGCGAGUGCAGCACCUCCCGGCGCCCGUUUGCAGCAGCAGCAGGAGACCAGUCCCCAGCAGCAGCAGAGUGAGGAUGGCUCUCCCCAAGUCCAGAGCAGAGGCCCCACAGGCUACCUGGCCCUGGACGAGGGACAGCAGUCUUCACAACAGCAGUCAGCUCCUGAGGGCCCCCCGGAGAGCGGCUGCGUCCCAGAGCCGGGAGCUGCCUCGGCAGCCGGCAAGAGGCUGCAGCAGCCGCCGCCAGCACCUCCGGAAGAGGAUGACUCAGCUGCCCCAUCCACGUUGUCCGUGCUGGGCCCUACUUUCCCCGGCUUAAGCAGCUGCUCCACCGAUCUUAAAGACAUCCUGAGCGAGGCCGGCACCAUGCAACUUCUUCAGCAGCAGCAGCAACAGCAGCAGCAGGAGGCGGUAUCUGAAGGCAGCAGCAGCAGCAGCGGGAGAGCGAGGGAGGCCACUGGGGCUCCCAUCUCCUCCAAGGACAGUUACCUAGGGGGCAGUUCGACCAUCUCGGACAGCGCCAAAGAGUUGUGUAAGGCAGUGUCUGUUUCCAUGGGCUUGGGUGUGGAGGCAUUGGAGCAUCUGAGUCCUGGGGAACAGCUUCGGGGGGAUUGCAUGUACGCCCCGCUCCUGGGAGGUACACCAGCUGUGCGUCCCACUCCUUGUGCCCCGUUGGCUGAAUGCAAAGGUUCUCUGCUGGAUGAUGGCCCGAGCAAGGGCACCGAAGAGACUGCUGAGUAUUCCCCUUUCAAGGCAGGUUACACCAAAGGACUGGACAGUGAAAGCCUGGGCUGCUCUGGCAGCGGCGAAGCAGGGGGCUCCGGAACACUUGGGCUGCCAUCCGCCCUGUCUCUGUACAAGUCUGGAGCACUGGACGAGGUAGCAGCUUAUCAGAGUCGCGACUACUACAACUUUCCACUAGCCCUGGCCGGGCCGCCGCCCCGUCCGCCGCCUCCCCAUCCUCAUGCCCGCAUCAAGCUGGAGAGCCCCCUGGACUAUGGCAGCGCCUGGGCGGCCGCGGCGGCACAAUUCCGCUAUGGGGAUCUGGCGAGCCUGCACGGCGUGGGUGCAGCAGGACCGGGCUCAGGCUCACCCUCAGCUGCCGCCUCCUCUUCCUGGCACACUCUCUUCGCAGCCGAAGAAGGUCAGCUCUAUGGGCCCUGUGGCGGAGGCGGGGGCGGCAGCGCGGGCGAGGCAGGGGCUGUAGCCCCAUACGGCUACACUCGGCCACCUCAGGGGCUGGCGGGCCAAGAAGGUGACUUCCCCCCACCCGAUGUGUGGUAUCCCGGCGGCGUGGUGAGCAGAGUGCCCUAUCCAAGUCCAAGUUGUGUCAAAAGCGAAAUGGGCCCCUGGAUGGAGAGCUAUUCUGGACCUUAUGGGGACAUGCGUUUGGAGACUACCAAGGACCAUGUUCCGCCCAUCGACUAUUACUUUCCACCACAGAAGACCUGCCUGAUUUGUGGGGAUGAAGCUUCUGGCUGUCACUAUGGAGCUCUCACUUGUGGAAGCUGCAAAGUCUUCUUUAAAAGAGCCGCUGAAGGAAAACAGAAGUACCUGUGUGCCAGCAGAAAUGAUUGCACCAUCGAUAAAUUCCGAAGGAAAAAUUGUCCAUCUUGUCGCCUCCGGAAAUGCUAUGAAGCAGGGAUGACUCUGGGAGCCCGGAAGUUGAAGAAAAUUGGGAAUCUGAAACUACAGGAGGAAGGGGAGGCUUCCAGCACCACCAGCCCCACUGAGGAGCCAGCCCAGAAGCUGACAGUGUCACAUAUUGAAGGCUAUGAGUGUCAGCCCAUCUUUCUGAAUGUCCUGGAAGCCAUUGAGCCAGGUGUGGUGUGUGCUGGACAUGACAACAACCAGCCUGACUCCUUUGCAGCCUUACUCUCUAGCCUCAAUGAACUGGGUGAAAGACAACUUGUACACGUGGUCAAGUGGGCCAAGGCCUUACCUGGCUUCCGCAACUUGCAUGUGGACGACCAGAUGGCAGUCAUUCAGUACUCCUGGAUGGGGCUUAUGGUGUUUGCCAUGGGCUGGCGGUCCUUCACCAAUGUCAACUCCAGGAUGCUCUACUUUGCCCCUGACCUGGUUUUCAAUGAGUACCGCAUGCACAAGUCCCGGAUGUACAGCCAGUGUGUCCGAAUGAAGCACCUCUCUCAAGAGUUUGGAUGGCUCCAAAUCACCCCCCAGGAAUUUCUGUGCAUGAAGGCACUGCUGCUCUUUAGCAUUAUUCCAGUGGAUGGGCUGAAAAAUCAAAAAUUCUUUGAUGAACUUCGAAUGAACUACAUCAAGGAACUUGAUCGUAUCAUUGCAUGCAAGAGAAAAAAUCCCACAUCCUGCUCAAGGCGCUUCUACCAGCUCACCAAGCUCCUGGACUCUGUGCAGCCUAUUGCACGAGAGCUGCAUCAAUUCACUUUUGACCUGCUAAUCAAGUCCCACAUGGUGAGCGUGGACUUUCCAGAAAUGAUGGCAGAGAUCAUCUCUGUGCAAGUGCCCAAGAUCCUUUCCGGGAAAGUCAAGCCCAUAUAUUUUCACACGCAGUGA